AUGGCCAAGGGGACUUCUUCUCUGCUUCCUUCAGAACCCGUUCCGCCGCCGACGCCGAUAUUGAGAUUCGAUCAGCCUGCGACGAAUUAUGUUGAGCCGUAUAUGCUAACCUUCGGUGCCAUCAAGACCAUAUGGAGUAUUGACAAUGACAUAUUUGAUCGAUCAAGAACGAUGGACUUACCUGAAGAUACAAUGAUCUUCGACAUCGAUUCAGGUGAGAAAGACCCUUUAUUCUGCUCUUACCUCGCCAACGAUAUUUUCAGGAAUUUACAGUCGGAGGAGGACAAGAACAGGCCACGGGCAGAUUACAUCGAGAAUGUGCAGAAACUCAUCAGUCACCAAGAACGCGUGCAUUGCAUUGAUUGGCUGUUUUCUGCGGUUGAGGGGCUCUGUCUUUCCUCGGAUACGUUGCAUCUGAGCAUCCACUGUUUGGACCGUUUCUUGUCUGGCGUCAAGGUUGAUAAGAAGAACCUGUUUCUUUCUGGGCUGACUUGCUUGAUGAUAGCGUCGAAGUUCAUAGAGUUGAAAACUCGCUUCAAAAUCGAAGCUUAUGCUGAUCCUACCAACAACAUCUUUUUCAAAGAGGACCUUAUUCGAAUGGAGGGAACUAUUUUGACUAACCUGGAUUACAAUGUGGCGAACUCCACGGCUAAGAGCUUUCUGGGCAGGUACGUGCGCGCAGCCAAAGCUGGAAAAAGUAAACCUUUGCCUAAUUUGGAGAGCAUGGCUUGCUACCUCGCUGACCUUUCGCUGCUGUCGUAUGCCAUGCUUCCAUAUAAGCCAUCAAUGGUGGCUGCUUCGUGUGUUUUCUUAGCUCAGUAUAUUCUUUGCCCAUGCAAGUGGCCAUGGAGCGCGACACUAAGGCACUACACAUCGUAUAAGCCUUCAGAUCUAACCAAAUGUGUAGUUGAGCUGCAUGCAUUCUGCUCAGAGAUUCAGCUUACUCGCGUGCCUAAUGCCAGAAUCAAAUACAGCCACCAGAUGUACGGAGGGGUAGGAUCGACAACUAUUCCAACACUCAUACCCUAUGAACUAUUCAAGGAUAACUACUUUUAG